AUGUCUGCUUCCACGUGGAGGAAGCGCAAGUCCCCCGAGCCAGAGCGUGACGCUUUCAACCAAGACCAAGUCACAACGCCUUCCAGCAGUCCAGCUCGCAAGAAAUUAAAGAUCAGUCAGCGUCAGAAACAGGCAUUAAUUGAUAACCUACAGUUAGAAAUCACAGAACGAGCCCGCCGAUUACGCGCCCAAUAUGCCCUCCAAGCUCAAGAUCUCCGAUCGCGAAUUGAAAGACGAGUAAAUCGCAUUCCUAUCUCGCUACGAAAAACUCUCAUGGGAGUACUUCUCGAGAAAUACAGCACUGGUCCUCAUCUACAAUCCCCAAAGAAGUCAGCUGUCCCUUCAAAGGCUAUGAAAAGCCCAGUCGCGACCAAGAAACAGAAAGAUGUCGAGUAUCCAAUUCUCAGCGCGACGAAAUCUCCAUCUCGUCGCCCAAAGCAAACCAGCAAUGUUGGUAGCUACUCGGAUAAAGAGAAUGCACCAGUCCCUGAGGCCCACGUCCCUCUUGAAAACCCAAAGAAGCGCGGUAACCCGGCUGCCUCUGGUCAGCCACGAUCUGUGUCUCAAGUGCUUCGGGACGCGGAAACCAAGGUCCUUUCGCCGAAAUCAUCAAACUCGCGCACAUACAAGCAAUCACCACUCAUCGCAUCUCCCAGCAAGGCCACGUAUAUGUCACGACCUACCUCGCCAUUGAAGCCUGCCAGUCCUCUGAAAGCCAUGAUUGAAGAUGCUCGUGCCCGCGCUACGCGACCCGAAGCAAAGGCAGCGUCUCCAACGCCAAGUAUUCGACGAACCAAAACGACCGCCCAAAUAAAGAGGACGACUGUCAAGCCAUCUAGCUCCGCCAUUCCUAAGUCACCAGCAGGAAACCCUUCGCGACAGCACAAUCGGAAUAUGAGCACCAGCACUACAUCAUCCAACAUGUCUACCAGCACGACUAUUGUUAAACCUACACGGGGCACUCAGCGUCCUACUGCGACGACUUCAAGUGCAGCUGCGAAACGAGCGACGCUGAAUCGUAGCCAGGGUCCUUCCGCUGCUACUGCUGCUGCCGCGAAGCGCACGGCUGUGGCAGCAAAAAAGGCCGGUGCGGAUGCAGCUACUACUGGCAGAGUGCUCCGCAGGCGCGCGCAAGUAUGA